AUGCAGGGAGACUGGGUGCUGCUGUUGCUUUUGGGUCUCAGGAUACAACUGUCCUUUGGGGUCAUCCCAGCGGAGGAGGAGGACCCAGCCUUCUGGAAUCAAAAGGCGAAGGAGGCCCUGGAUGUUGCCAAAAAGCUGCAGCCCAUUCAGACAUCAGCCAAGAACCUCAUUAUCUUCUUGGGAGAUGGGAUGGGGGUGCCCACGGUGACAGCCACCAGGAUACUAAAGGGACAGUUGGAAGGUCAUCUAGGGCCUGAGACACCCCUGGCCAUGGACAAUUUCCCAUACAUGGCUCUGUCCAAGACAUACAAUGUGGACAGACAGGUCCCAGAUAGUGCAGGCACGGCCACAGCCUACCUGUGUGGGGUCAAGGCCAACUACAAGACCAUUGGCCUGAGCGCAGGUGCACGAUUCAACCAGUGCAACACCACAUUUGGCAACGAGGUCUUCUCAGUGAUGCACCGUGCAAAGAAAGCAGGGAAGUCUGUAGGAGUAGUGACCACCACUAGGGUGCAGCACGCCUCUCCAGCCGGCACCUACGCACACACGGUGAACCGUGACUGGUACUCGGAUGCAGAUAUGCCUCCUUCUGCAGUCCAGGCGGGGUGCAAGGACAUCGCCACACAACUCAUCUCCAACAUGGACAUUGACGUGAUCCUUGGUGGUGGCCGAAAGUUUAUGUUUCCCAAGGGGACUCCAGACCCUGAAUACCCAAACGACUCUGGCCAGUCUGGAACCAGGCUGGAUGGUCGGAACCUGGUGCAGGAGUGGCUGGCACAGCACCAGGGGGGCCGGUAUGUUUGGAACCUCGCGGAGCUCAUUCAGGCAUCCCAGAACUCAACAGUGACUCACCUCAUGGGCCUCUUUGAGCCAGCAGAAAUGAAAUACGACGUCAACCGGAACUCCUCAGUAGACCCUUCCCUGGCGGAGAUGACAGAGGUGGCUGUGCGCAUGCUCAGCAGGAACCCCAAAGGCUUCUAUCUCUUUGUGGAAGGGGGUCGUAUUGACCAAGGCCACCAUGCGGGCACAGCUUACCUGGCACUGACUGAGGCGGUCAUGUUCGACUCUGCCAUCAAAAAGGCCAGCCAGCUUACCAAUGAGAAGGACACGCUAACCCUCAUCACUGCUGACCACUCCCAUGUCUUCGCGUUUGGUGGCUACACACUUAGGGGGACCUCUAUCUUUGGUCUGGCCCCACUCAAUGCCCUAGAUGGCAAAUCCUACACCUCCAUUCUCUAUGGCAAUGGCCCGGGUUAUAAGCUUGGUUUAGACAGCCGACCCAAUGUCACCGAAGAGCAGAGUCGUGAUCCCAACUACCAGCAGCAGGCGGCUGUACCCCUGUCGUCAGAGACCCACGGCGGGGAGGACGUGGCAAUAUUCGCGCGUGGCCCGCAGGCGCACCUGGUGCACGGAGUUCAAGAACAGAACUACAUUGCGCAUGUCAUGGCCUUUGCAGGCUGCUUGGAGCCCUACACCGACUGCGGCUUGGCGCCCCCUGCCGGCCAGACCACCAACACAAACAACGCAGCCGGCCAGGCAACUGUCCUGCUGCCCCUGCAGCUGCUGGUCAGCAUGCUGCUGCUAGUAGGGACAGCCGUGGUGGUGUCCUGA